AUGUCCGGUAUCAACCCGGCUGAUGCAAAUCCGGACCUCUCGAAUCCUGAUUAUAUUGCCUACACCAACGAACCCCUGCUCUUAACACAGACCGGCGUCCUAUUUGGAGUCACAGCCUUCAUUGUCGUGCUAAGAUGCUACGUCCGAGUCGUUAUGCUGAGAUGUUUCGGCAAGGACGACUGGACAAUGCUACUUGCGUUUGGAUUCGCCAUGGCGACUUUCAUCGUGUAUGCCGAACAGACUAAACUGGGCUUAGGGAAACACCUCUCAGUGAUACGGAUGAACCCUGGAAAUGAACGGCAGUUUCUAAAACUUCGACAAGUGCAGUCGAUUCUUGUUGGUAUUGGGGUUGGAUUGGUCAAGAUAUCAAUCGCUUUCUUCCUGCUGCGACUGGUCACGAGAAAAGCCUUGUAUUGGAACAUUGGUGAGUUGGAAAAUGGAGACAUCUGGCAGUGCAUUCCUGUGGCAGCUACGUGGGAUUUAAGACUUCGUCCACCACCCAUCGGCACAGGCACUGCUGUGUGCUUCGACCGACCGACGUUUACCGCCAUAGGAAUGAUGAACACGGCCGUUACCAUUAGCACGGACUUCCUCCUUGCCCUCCUACUAGUUCCCCUCGUAUGGCAGCUCCAACUCAACGGCCGCACAAAGAUAACUCUAGUCUGCAUAUUAGCUCUCGGGUUAUUUGCGGGUAUCGCCGCAAUCAUCAAGUCCGAGAAACAGAAGACCGCCCUCACCGAUCCCGACCCAUACGUGCACGACACUUUUACCAUGUGGCGCUUCAUCGAGUACGAUGUUGGGAUCAUUGUUGCGUCGUUACCGUCGCUCAAACCCCUCUUUAAACACAUCCUGAAUAACGGUACGCGAGGUACGACGGCGAACUCAGGACACCAGGUUGUGAAAAAAGUAAGGUAUUCGAUACGGACUAAGAUAGUGGAUGACGAUGAGAUACCACUGGAGAAUCAUGCAGGGGUGGGCAACUCGUGCGAGGUGUCUUCAGGGAUGCCUAGGACGCCAGUGGAUGGCAGGAGCAGUGUGGAAAGCGCCAGACCGGUUCAGUCGAACGCUAUUUUCGUCGACACAAAAUGA